AUGUCUAAAAGGCUAACCAUUUCCAAAUUUAAUCCCUUUAAUACAAAUGAAAACCCUGAAUUAGAUAGAAUUGAAACAUAUAAGACUUUUUAUAAAAAAAGAUUUAGAAAACUCUAAGCAGAUGAGAGUCAAAACUAAAAAAUUGUUCCUUAAAGUAUUCUUUUGAAAUCUGGUUAAAUUCCAUUUAAAAGAUCUUUUCAAAAACCAAAAGAAGACAUCAUUGAUGUUAAGAAAUUGUAAUUGUAUGAAUUAAAAAUUAGUUAGAUAUGUGAAUUAUGGAGUUAUAAGUAUAAUCAUGUUGUCUAAAAGGUCUCUAAACUAAGCAAUGUUAGUGAAAUCUUAGAAAUAUAAAGAUAAUAACAACGAAAGUCGUAAAAAUAUAAAACUCAAAUUUCGUACCUUCAUAAUUCAUUUUUUUAGAUCUGAUUAAAUUCCUUAUCAUUCGAUUGCUUUUUCAGAUAAAAGCAAAAUGAAAACUACAAUGUCAGAUUAUACUUUACCAAAAUUAGAAACGUUAUCUUCCUUUUAAAAGUAAGAAAAACAAAGCUUUUAAUUUUAAGUCCUCAAUCCCCAGAGAAAAUAUUAAUUAGUUCUUAAGAUCCAAAAAAUAGAUAUUUAUCAGAAUUUAAAGGCAAACUUAGAGAAUUAAUUGAAAUAUGUGACAAUGCGUAAAUAUUUAGUCCAAACAAAUUUAGUAAGAUAUGAUAUUCCUCUGAU